UCUAUAUCUACAACUAACUACAAGCUACGGGCAAAUUGAUGAAAUGAAAGCAACUAGUAGUUCAGAAAUUCAACGUCCUACUACCAAGCCCCAUUAUUUUGAGGCAACAACUAUGCAAAGUUCUCAAGAAACUGAAAGAUUAACGGACAAUAUUGAUUAUCAAGCGGAAAAUGCAAGCCUGGGAAAUCCUAGCCUUCUAAGUCCCUUCACGCAAGGCAGUACAAAUUUUGUUUCAGGCAAUGAAUGGUCCGGAAGUACAAUUGAAUUGAAUGCAGAUUUAAGACGAAAUGAAAGCGAAUCACUUUGCUCUUACCGUAAGCCUAAUCGCGUCAUGGAAAGGAACGGUCAUGAGAAUGUCAUUUUUACGAAAAUCCCCGAAAAGUCAUGGCGUUACAUUCGUGACUUUGUCACAACUUUGAUUGAAUUGGAUUGGAAGUAUACGUUAACGAUGUUUGUAGGGAGUUACCUUCUCAGCUGGAUCUUUUUCGCCAUACUCUGUUAUAUGGUCGCUUAUUCCCACGGCGAUUUACUAUUCGAUGAGAUAACUGGAGAACGGUUGGGUGAAGGCAAAUAUCCAUGCAUAGUUGGUGUAUACGAUUUUACUUCCAUGCUAAUCUAUUCGAUUGAAACUCAAACGACUAUCGGAUUUGGUGAAAAAUACCCCAGCGAAGAGUGCCCGGAGACUAUGUUUUUGUUUAUAAUGCAAAUUAUUUGUUCCAUUGCCAUUGAAGGUGGCAUGGUCAGUAUAAUUUAUGUUAAGACGGCCCGACCAGUUAGGCAGAAUACGAAAUUGAAGUUUAGCGACAAGGCGGUAAUCUGCUAUCGCGAUAGUAAAUUAUGUUUAUUGUUCCGUGUUUGUGAUCCACGUGAACAGCAGAGUAUUAAGUCGAAGAUAAGAGUUUACAUGAUUGUGGAUAGGCCCACUCGUGAAGGCGAAAUAAUUAAAACACAUGCGGAACUUAAACUAAUUAAUAAUGGUAAUCAAAUUAUCGCCUGGCCAGAAAUUGUUUGUCAUGUUAUUGACGAAUUAAGUCCUAUGCGUGAUUUUAAAUCCGCGAAAGACUUACAUGCGGCUCACUUCGAGUUAUAUGUUAGUAUAGUUGGAGUUUCUCCUGCCACAGCUCAAGUAACAGAAACACGGACUUCAUACGUGCCGCAGGAAGUACAUUGGGGACAACGCUUCGUUAAUAUUAUAACUUAUGAUGUCAACAAUCGGCGCUACGUUUACGAUUAUAGCAACUUUAAUACGACGAUAUCUGUGGAUAUGGCGAAAGAAAUGGAGUAGUAUAAAUGAAUAAAUUAAAAUGUAAAAGAAUUCAUUAGAAUAUUUA